GUUGCACACGGGGCGCUAGGUCGCCGAAGCUCCCGCAGCCCCAGCCUGCGCGCCACCCUCCACUCCGAGCCCUGACGACGAGGGUCAGGACACAAAAAUUACUACAAAGAAACAGAACAGAAAAUUUAAGAACAUCUGUUUAUCAGAAGAUUCCACCAAGCAAGAAGGAAAGCGGCAGAGUGGAAGAAGAUACAGGCAUACUUUGUUUUAUUGCACUUGGCUUUGUUGCACUUUGCAGAUACUGUGUUUUUUACAAGUGUGUGUUGCAACCCUGCAUUGAGCAAGUCUGUCGCUGCCAUUUUUCCAACAGCAUUUGCUCACUUUGUGUCUCUGUGGCACAUUUUGGUAAUUCCGGCAAUAUUAUAUUCAAUAUUGUUGUUAUAUUCAUUAUGUUGAUCUAUGUUCAGUGAUUAUGACUCACUGAAAUCUCAGAUGAUGGUUAGCAUUCUUCAGCAAUGAGCAUUUAAAAAUUUGUUACUAUUUUUUUAUGUUUAUUUAUUUUUGAGAGAGAAACACAAACACAGUGCAAGUGGGGGAGGGCAGAGAGAGAGAGAGGGAGACACAGAAUCCGAAGCAGGCUCCAGGCUCUGAACUGUCAGCAUAGAGCCCGACGCGGGGCCCAAACCCAUGAACUGUGAGAUCAUGACCUGAGCCAAAGUCGGACACUUAAUUGACUGAGCCACCCUGGUGCCCCUAGCAAGAAGCAUUUUUAAAUGAGGUUGAAUUACUGGACUGGACAAUGUCACGUGUUUUGUGGACAGUAUGGGUCUUGGGGGCUGUAACCAGCCUCUCCAAGGAAGUGGCCCCUCAUCAGACUUCUCUGUCCUGUGACUCCAUGGGCGUCUGCGAGGGCCACUCCAGAUCUUUAAACUCCAUCCCCUCAGGACUCACGGCAACUGUUAGAAGCCUUGACCUCUCCAACAACGAGAUCACCUACAUUGGCAACAGUGACCUGCAGGGCUGUGUGAACCUCAGGGCUCUGAGGCUGGAGUCUAAUGAAAUUAACACGAUAGAGGAAGAUUCUUUUUUUUCCCUGAGGAGUCUCGAACAUUUGGACUUAUCCUAUAAUCACAUAUCUAAUUUAUCAUCCUCGUGGUUCAGGCCCCUUUCUUCCUUGAAGUUCUUAAACUUGCUGGGAAAUCCUUACAAAUCACUUGGGCAAACACCUCUUUUUUCUCAGCUCACAACUUUGCGAAUUCUGAAAGUAGGAAAUACUUACAGUUUCACUGCGAUUCAGGAAAAGGAUUUUGCUGGGCUGACUUUUCUUGAGGAACUUGAGAUUGAUGCUUCAAAUCUCCAGACGUAUGAGCCAGAGAGUUUGAAGUCCAUUCAGAACAUCAGCCAUCUGGCCCUUCGUAUGAAACAGCCUGAUUUGCUGCUGGAGAUUUUUGUAGAUCUUUUAAGUUCUGUGGAACAUUUGGAACUGAGAGAUACUCAUUUGAACACUUUACAUUUUUCAAAAGCAUCCAUCAAUGAAACAAAUACGUCGAUUAAAAAGUGGACGUUUAGAAACGUGAAAAUCACUGAUGGAAGUUUUAGCGAACUUGUAAAACUGUUGAAUUAUGUUUCUGGAGUGUUAGAAGUAGAGUUUGAGGACUGUACUCUCCAUGGGCUUGGCGACUUUGACGUAUCUGACAUGGGCAAAAUUGGAAGUGUAGGUGGGAUAGAGACAUUAACAGUACGGAGGUUGGUCAUUCCAUACUUCUACUCGUUUUAUGAUCUGAGUAGUGUGUAUUCACUUACAGAAAGAGUUAAAAGAAUCACAGUAGAAAGCAGUAAGGUGUUUCUGGUUCCUUGUUUACUUUCACAACAUUUAAAAUCAUUAGAAUAUUUGGAUCUCAGUGACAAUUUAAUGGUUGAAGAAUACUUGAGAAAUGCAGCCUGUGAGCAUGCCUGGCCCCUCCUACAAACCUUAAUUUUAAGGCAAAAUCGUUUGAAAUCAUUAGAAAAAACCGGAGAAACUUUGCUUACUCUGAAAAACUUGAUUAACCUGGAUAUUAGUAAGAACAGUUAUCUUUCUAUGCCUGAAACUUGUCAGUGGCCAGAAAAGUUGAAAUAUUUGAACUUAUCCAACACCAGAAUAUACAGCUUAACCCGAUGCAUCCCCUGGACACUGGAAAUUUUAGAUAUUAGCAAUAACAAUCUCGAUUCAUUUUCUCUGACUUUGCCACAACUCAAAGAACUUUAUAUUUCCAGAAAUAAGUUGAAGACUCUACCAGAUGCCUCCUUCUUACCCAUGUUACAGGUCAUGAGAAUCAGCAGAAAUGCAAUAAACACUUUCUCUAAGGAGCAACUUGAUUCUUUUCAAAGACUGACGACUUUGGAAGCUGGCGGCAACAAUUUCAUUUGCUCCUGUGAAUUCCUGUCUUUCACGCGGGAGCAGCAAGCACUGGCCCAGACCCUGACCGACUGGCCACACAAUUACCUGUGUGACUCUCCAUUCUAUGUGCGGGGCCAGCGGGUUCAGGACACCCAUCUCCCAGCUUCUGAAUGCCACAGGGCAGCUCUGGUGUCUGCCGUGUGCUGUGUCCUUUUCUUGUUGAUCCUGCUCACGGGGGUUCUGUGCCACCGUUUCCACGGGCUGUGGUACCUGAAAAUGAUGUGGGCUUGGCUCCAGGCCAAAAGGAAGCCCAGGAAAGCUCCCCAGCGGGACCUCUGCUAUGACGCCUUUGUGUCUUACAGCGAGCGGGAUUCCCACUGGGUGGAGAACCUUAUGGUCCAGGAGCUGGAGCACUUCGACCCUCCCUUCAAGUUGUGUCUUCACAAGCGGGACUUCAUUCCCGGCAAAUGGAUUAUCGACAACAUCAUCGACUCCAUCGAGAAGAGCCACAAGACCAUCUUUGUGCUUUCUGAAAACUUUGUCAAGAGUGAGUGGUGCAAGUACGAGCUGGACUUCUCCCACUUCCGUCUGUUUGAUGAGAACAACGAUGCUGUCAUUCUCAUUCUUCUGGAGCCCAUUGAGAAAAAGGCCAUCCCCCAGCGUUUCUGUAAGCUGCGGAAGAUAAUGAACACCAAGACCUACCUGGAGUGGCCCACAGACGAAGCUCAGCAGGAAGGGUUUUGGUUAAACUUGAGAACUGCAAUAAAGUCCUAGGUUCUUUCAUUAAAGGCCAGUCUUGGUUUGGUGGUGGUCUUUAUAUCACUAGUUGUAGCUGAGUCCAUUCUGACAGUUAUAGGUGGACCACAUAAAUGCACUGUCAUUUGAAGGCUUGCUUACUAAAACCACUAAAACUGUUCAUAUUUUGUCUAGAGUGCUGGUUUUUUUAAAAUGUUUUAUUAUUGUUUUGGGGGGAGUGGGGAGGGCUGGGAGAGAGGGAGAGAGGAUCCCAAGCAGGCUCUGUGCUGUCAGCACAGAGCCCAAUGUGGGGCUCAAACACACGAACUGUGAAGAUCAUGACCUGAGCUGAAAUCAAGACUCGGACGCUUAACUGACUGAGCUGCCCAGGUGCCUCUAGAGUGCUGUUUUAUAAAAACUACCAGAUUAAAAAUUAAAUGUUCUUGGCUUUUUAUUAAUCCUAUGAGAUGAUCAUGAUCUGAGUCGAUUAUUGACAUCUGAAUUAUCUGUGGCAAUUGGUUUAGUUCAUUAGGAAAUAGCACGAAGGAACAGAUUUCCCAUGAAUGUGUUGGUCAGUUUUCUGCAAGGAUACUCAUCCAUGUCUGCAGAUGGCAUUCUCUACCCCACUUAGCUGUUUCCUCACUGUGUGACUGCUCUCAAGAACAAGAAGGCAAAAGGUUGGUGCACUCAGCCAAACUUGUUGCUGUUCCUAGAAAGAAGUGCCUUGAGUCUGCAUUAAACUUUACAGUAUGCAAAGUACCUAGAUGGUGUAUUUUCACAUGAACUGGGUCUGUCUUUCUGGGUGUUUGAUAGGUUUCUCCAGUCAUAGUUACUUGAGAAAGGAUAUAUAACACAAUAUACAGUAAAUUGUGGCUUCCCAUGAAAAUGAAACUAAUGAAGUACAGUUGACGUAGAACAAGGCAGGGCUUAGGGGCAGUGAUGUACCCCCUCCCUCUGCACACUCAAACAUCUGUGUGUGUAACUUUUGACUUCCCAAACCUUAACUACUAGUUGUUUACUGUUGAUUGGAAGCCUUACUGAUAACAUAAGCAGCCAAUUAACACACAUAUUGUAUGUUAUAUAUAUUAUUGUAUGUGGUAUUCUUACACUAAAGUCAGCCAGAGAAAAGAACAUGUUACUAAGAAAACCAUACAUCUGAGCAUAAGUAGACCCAUGCAGUUUUAACCUGUGUUGUUCAAGGGUCAAGUGUGAAUGAAAUACUUAGUUUAGAAGACCACGAAAGAAGCCUCCCACAUCCCUGACUCUAAUCUUCCUUCAGCCUUUACCUCUGGGUGAAGUUCUGAUUAGUGUCUAGUUACUCUGGCUCUUGGUCCCUGUCUUCUCAUCCAUUUCUCCUGCAGCAUCUUGCUUUUUUCUCCUGAAAAAGUCUUGUUUCUGAUUCUAAAAAAGGCUCUCUUUUCCUCUGAACAUUUACAAAAGCACAUGUGAAGUAAGUAGAUCUUUAAACAAGUAUAUACCGGGCGCCUGGGUGGCUCGGUCGGUUAAGCGUUCGACUUCAGCUCAGGUCACGAUCUCACAGACCGUGAGUUCGAGCCCCGCGUCGGGCUCUGGGAUGAUGGCUCAGAGUCUGGAGCCUGCUUCCACUUCUGUGUCUCCCUCUCUGUCUGCCCCUCCCCUGUUCAUGCUCUGUCUCUCUCUGUCUCAAAAAUAAACGUAAAAAAAAAAUAAAAAUAAAAAAAAAAUAAACAAGUAUAUACCUAGCAAUUCCUCAACGUGACUCAAAAAAUAUUUGAUACAUAAUAAUUUAAAAGAUAGAUACUACUUCCAUAUGUUAAUUUUUAUAAGCUAGAGUUAAUACUACAUUGCAUUUAAUGCAAUGAAAUAAGCUAAGAACUAUUCGCUGAUUAGACACAAAUUUCUUAAGUUGGGAACCACAUGUGAAAGGAAGCUAACCUCCUCUGACCUGCUCAGUUCUUUUUUUUUUUUUUUUUUUUAUGUUUAUUUAUUUUGAGAGAAGGUGAGCACGGGAGGGGCAGAGAGAGAGGGCGAGAAAGAGAAUCCCCAAGCAGACUCUGCACUGUCCACACAGAGCCCCAUGUGGGGCUCUGGCUCACAAACUGUGAGAUCAUGACCCGAAUAGAAAUGACCGAGUAGAAAUGACCUGACCUGCUUAGUUCUCAGCCAGAACUGGGUUCGUGUGCUUCAUUGAGCUCUGGAGUCAGAAAAACCUGGGUCAGUAGAUGCGUAUCUUUGGGCAAGUCACUUAACCUGUCCCCAAAUAUUCUCCUGCCCUUAGAAUAGGAACAGUAAUAUCUACAUCAAAGGGUAUGAUGUAGGUCUGAAUGUACAGCAGGGUAAGUAAACCAAUGAGUGCAUGCCCCUUGGUUCCCACUCCCUCUGGAGGGGUGAGGGGGGCAAGAGGACCAAACCUCUGAGAACGGGAACCAUGGAUGUUUGCGUGGGGUAAUAGGGAUGCCGGUAGUGGAUGUUAGCUAUUAUUUUUUUCCCCAAGAAGUGAUUCAUCUUACAGAUUAUAGUUUAUAAAUGUAUAUUUUUCUCUUAUGGGUACUAGCAGUGAUACAAGGGACCCUGUUUGUUUUUUGUUUUUUGUGUUUUUUUUUUUUUUUGUAGAAAAAAAUCCCAGAGAAAUAAAUUCAUUAAGUGCAUAGCAGAUUUUAGGCCUGGGGAAACUCACAGUGUUUCUUCUCUCUCAUAACAACUCCUGGGAAGUAUAAAGGAGGAAACAGUAGCUAGUCUAAGAAAAAAAUGGACAAGUUCAGGAGAAGGAAACUUGAGAUGCUACAGAAACCAAAGGCAAUUAUGGACUAUUUGCUUUACUUCUCUAUGUCCUCCAUUAAGUACAAUGUUAAUUAUCAUGAGAACCAGAUAAAUUUAACAUGGACUUGGUCUGUAGAUUUAAUUUCAGUAAUUUAAACAGCAAUCGAAAUAGCUCCAUGGUUAAUUGAUAGAUCUGAAGUAAUAUAAAAAUCUUUAUUUUUCUCAUCGCAAAUGUUAAACAUGUUCACUGUAGAAAUUUUGGACGCGAGGUAAGAGCAUAGAAAGAACGAAUCCACUCUUCCCCCUUCACCUUGGGAUGACCACUGGUAACUGUGUAGUGUAUAGCCCUCCAUAAUUUUUUCAACGUAUAUAUACAUAUUCAAAAAAUUGGGAUGAGGUGUUCAAUGCCUAAACUAUGAAGGGAAUGGCAUCUUUAUUGUUUUGUGUGAGAUUGUUUAGUGAUUAUCCAACAUUUCUGAACUCUGAGGGUCAUUUAGAAUUCUAUGCAGACACAUACGGUUUACUCUCCCUGAGUUGCAAAGGGUUCUAAAGGCUAUCCUCCUGCAGCUGUUCAUAAAAGAUAAAUGGGAAAUGCAUCAGAGGUCAAUUUAAGGGCUCCUUUUAUAGAAGAAAACACUUUAAGGUAGUGCUUUAUCCAACAGUGACAUGUUUUUAUUUGUCAAUAGACUAUAAGCUCAGGAAUCUUAUUUUCUCUCGUUAAUCCUUGCCCAUGCCUGGUAUGGAAUAAGUAUUGAAUUAAUGAAAUAUUUGCUGAAUAGGGAAAUAAAUCAGAGUUCAAUCUAAUAAUCUGGAUGGUGAGUCAAUCAUAAUACUGAAGGAUUGGGAAGUUUCAAGAAGGAAAAUUACCAACAGGUAGAAAAAAUCUGAGUGUGAGUUUUUUCAUUAUGACUGUGAUAGAACUUUGAAUAGCAUUAAGUUAAGAACAUGGCCUAUGUUUUUGACAGUAGGUGUGUUUCCUUUCUACUUCAUACAAGUGUAAUGUCUUCAAGUGUGCAGAGUAGAUGUCUGAUAUUAUGUGUGUGGUGGUCGCUGUCCAACAACUCACCAGCAAUUUAAAGCAAAUUAAUUUGGGGAGUCUAGUGUAUCGUUCUUGAGUUAAUUCUUUUGGACAGUUCUUUCCUAUCCCAUUAAUUUUACCCCCUCCUGCUGGAUUAAUUCAUUCUUUCAGCAAAUAAUUACUGAGUGCCUAUUAUAUCCAGCUAGUGCUCCAAGUGCUGGAGAUACAAUAGGGAACUAAAUAGAUAAAAUUCUCUGCCUUCCUGGAAGGGGAGACAAACAAUAACAAACAAAUGUAUGGUAUGAUUUCAGGUGUUGAUAAGUGCUAUGAGGAAAAUGAAAGCAGAGUACAGCAACAGUGAUGGUGUGUGUGUGUGUGUGUGUGUGCAUGCGUGCAUGUGAACAGAGUGGCACAAAAGAAGAGAGUGGUUUUCCUCCACUUUAAUGCAACCCUUGGAUGGGUCAAGUGCACUUGGCAGGCCCGGGAAAUGCAGUGCAGCUGUGGCCCUUUGAAUGGGCUGGGCUGUGGCACCUAGCGCUAGACAUUUUGGGAAUAAUGCCCUCUACGCAGAGGCCUUUAUGGUGCCAAAGCUGCAGUAAUCUCCUUGAACUGUAGAUUACUUAACAACUCUGCCUACGUCUUUGAAGAUGUUGAACCGGUUGUAACUAAAUGUUGUAGGUAAGAAGUACAUUAUCAGCCAAAUUAGAGGUAGGAUGUCCAUGGCGGGUGCUAACAAAUGGGCUGCAUGCAUCAAUUAGAAAAUGAUCACAAGGGGAAAGAUGCAAAGUGUGCUCUAUUUGUUUAUUCUGUUGUUCAUGUUAAAACCAAACACAAACAGAGGCCAGACUUGAAAA